CAUGGGGUUAGCUUACACCACUACUAGUUUACCUCUCACACUAUCGGCACCGUCCAUUGAUUGAAGCUCCAGCAAAGUAGGCAACUGAAGAUGGCGUGGGAAGGAGGAAUUGUGCCCAAUGGCACAGAAGGCAGGAACUUCUACAUCCCCAUGUCCAACAGGACUGGGAUUGUUAGAAGUCCUUUUGAAUACCCACAGUAUUAUAUGGUAGAUCCAUGGGUCUACAAGCUUCUAGCUUUCUACAUGUUCUUCCUGAUCUGCACUGGAACUCCCAUCAAUGGUCUGACAUUGUUCGUAACAGCUCAGAACAAGAAGCUUCGUCAACCUCUCAACUACAUCCUGGUCAACCUGGCUGUGGCUGGGCUGAUCAUGUGCGCCUUCGGAUUCACCAUCACCAUCACAUCUGCUCUUAACGGCUACUUCAUUCUUGGCCCCACUUUCUGUGCUAUUGAGGGAUUCAUGGCUACACUUGGAGGUGAAGUCGCUCUCUGGUCACUGGUCGUCCUGGCUGUUGAGAGAUACAUCGUCGUCUGCAAACCCAUGGGAAGCUUCAAGUUCAGUGGAACUCAUGCUGCUGCUGGAGUUAUUUUCACCUGGAUCAUGGCUUUUGCAUGUGCUGCCCCCCCUCUUUUUGGCUGGUCCAGGUACCUUCCUGAGGGCAUGCAGUGCUCCUGCGGACCCGACUACUACACUCUGGCUGCAGGCUUUAACAAUGAAUCAUACGUCAUCUACAUGUUUGUCGUCCACUUCUUCGUUCCCGUCUUCAUCAUUUUCUUCACUUACGGAAGCCUUGUGCUCACUGUCAAAGCUGCUGCAGCCCAGCAGCAGGAGUCAGAAUCCACCCAGAAGGCUGAGAGGGAAGUGACACGUAUGUGUGUCUUGAUGGUCUUUGGCUUCCUGGUAGCAUGGGUACCAUAUGCCUCUUUCGCUGGUUGGAUCUUCCUGAACAAAGGAGCUGCCUUCACUGCCAUGACAGCAGCUCUUCCCGCCUUCUUUGCAAAGAGCUCGGCACUUUAUAAUCCUGUUAUCUAUGUGCUCUUUAACAAACAGUUCCGUAACUGCAUGCUGAGCACUGUUGGAAUGGGUGGCAUGGUGGAUGAUGAGACCUCAGUUUCUGCCAGCAAGACAGAAGUCUCCUCUGUCGCCUAAUCACGAUAACAUCUUCAUUUCUGUGGACAUUUUCUGUAUUUGCUUCCAGAUCUUAAAAAAAAAAAGAUCUAGAGAAAAUAUAAGAAUGGAACUUUUGCCAAAUGGAUUUUUGGAUUUGCUAAAUGGACUUUGGACCGAAAACACGGAGGAACUCACCUGUUAAUAUUUAUAUAUAAAGAAAUGCAUAUGCUGUGUGCAUCUGUGUGUCUGUGUGUGUGCAAGAGUAUUUGAGUGAGUGAGUGAGUGUGAAUGAGCUGUGGAUCACUGUACAGCAUUUGAUGGCUCAAAAACACCUAAAUUCUCAAGUCAAACUAACACUUUCUGCUGUGAUGUGUAAUCACACGUAGGGUAUUUUCAUGUAUCAUGUUUUACUGGUCCACCAGUGUUAUUGUUUGCAUGUAUUUUAUGAAAAAGGAAAAAAAAAUAUUUAUGAAGUAGAUAAUAAAAUUGCAUUCAUGAAAAGAAA